UAAGAAACAUGAGCUCACAUACUGGAUGAUCCCCUUCCCACUACUCACUUCAGCUUUAAGGUGACUGCUACAGCUUUAGUGCAUGUUUCUGUGUCUAUGUAAAGUUAGCAUACAGGUUAGAUUUGGUUCUGACCUGAUAACGAGUCAACAACACAUUACCAAACGGAUGCCGUGGAUUUCUAAGCCGUUUCUUUAAACAUCUGGUGGAAAUAUGAAUGUUCCAAAGGUCCACCUCUUACUGACAUGCAUCCUCUGUGUAUGUUCUGGAGAAAAACUCUCCCUGAAUACUAUCCAGGUGAUGUUGAACUUCGUCAAGGACAACCCGCAGCUCCUCAAAGAAUUGAAUUUGGACAUGGAAUCAGACGUAGAUUUGGAGGAGUUCAAAACCAUAUUGAACAGACUCCCUGAGCACGUGAAACAACAUUUGUUGAGCAAGACCAGCUUGGAUCUUCCCUACACCUCAAAUGUUCAUUCUGAUGUUCCACAAAGACAGGAUAUCCUACAGCCCCCCAUGCCAUUAGUGCAAGGGCCCAAAGGAGAAUGUUGCUCAAACGAUGAGACGACGCUGGUGAAACGACUGUUCACUGGUUACAACAAAGUGGUUCGUCCUGUUAACCACUUCAGUGAAGCUGUAGUGGUUACUGUGGGAUUACAGUUAAUACAGCUUAUAAGUGUGGAUGAAGUUAACCAAAUUGUGACCAGUAAUGUCCGUCUCCGACAGCAAUGGGUAGACGUUAACUUACGGUGGAAUCCUGAAGACUAUGGAGGAAUCAGAAAGAUCAGAGUUCCUUCAUCUGACAUAUGGAAACCUGACCUUGUGUUAUACAACAAUGCUGAUGGUGAUUUUGCCAUCAUCCAUGAAACUAAAGUCCUGCUAGAGCACACUGGCAAGAUCAUAUGGAACCCUCCAGCCAUCUUUAAGAGUUACUGCGAGAUUGUUGUCCUUCACUUCCCAUUUGACCUACAGAACUGUACUAUGAAAUUGGGAACCUGGACAUACGAUGGCCUGCUGGUCGUAAUCAACCCGGAGAGUGAUCGACCUGACCUCAGUAACUUCAUGGAGUCAGGUGAAUGGGUGCUAAAGGACUACAGAGGGUGGAAGCACUGGGUGUACUACACUUGCUGUCCUGACACACCAUACCUGGACAUUACCUACCAUUUCCUGAUGCUGCGGCUGCCUCUCUAUUUUAUCGUUAACGUCAUAAUUCCCUGCAUGCUGUUCUCUUUUCUCACGGGAUUGGUCUUCUACCUGCCUACUGACUCUGGUGAAAAGAUGACUCUCUCCAUCUCUGUCCUGCUGUCUCUGACUGUCUUCUUGCUGGUUAUUGUGGAGCUGAUCCCCUCCACUUCGAGUGCUGUUCCCCUCAUAGGGAAAUACAUGCUCUUCACAAUGGUAAUGGUCAUUGCCUCCAUCAUCAUCACUGUUAUCGUCAUCAACACACAUCAUCGCUCACCAAGUACGCACACCAUGCCAGGGUGGAUCCGUAAGGUCUUCAUUGAAACCAUUCCCAACAUGAUGUUCUUCUCAACAAUGAAGCGUCCCAGUCAGGAGAUCCGGCAGAAGAGGCUGUUCCCUACUGACAUGGACAUUUCCGACAUCUCAGGUAAUCCUACCCCGACGGCUGUCACCUAUCAGUCCCCCAUUGUUAAAAACCCUGAUGUUCGUAGCGCAAUCGAGGGGGUGAAGUACAUCGCAGAGACUAUGAAGUCAGAUGAAGAAUUUAACAAUGCAGCAGAGGAGUGGAAGUUCGUUGCCAUGGUUUUGGAUCACAUCCUGCUCUGUGUGUUCAUGGCUGUGUGCAUCAUCGGGACUCUUGCCGUCUUUGCUGGGAGACUCAUUGAGCUCAACACACUGUAGAGGCCUUCAUGAUGGAGGAGAAUGCAUUUAUCCCACUGUCCCUCACGCACAGAUAUGCAGUCAAAGGUCGAGCUAAUUUCAAAAUUCUGUUCAGGGCCUUUAAUUGUGUUGACUUUGAAUGUGCAGAUAUUUUUUACUUUUAUUGAGGAGUCUGCAGUAAAAAAUCCAGGCAUCUCACAGGUAUGAUGAUACACAAAUAUCUUGAUGGGUUAUACUGGGUCACACAAAGCUGUUCUUGUUAUUAACAAUCCAGCAUUUUUCUAUUGUUUCUCUUGUAUUUCUACAGUUGGUGAUUGCUGCCCUCACAAUUGCGCAGACUGUUAUUUUACAUGUAAAAUCACGAACAGUAGUUGUUACGUUGUCAUAUUUGGCAGCUUGAUUUAAGGUUUGUGUGAUUGGUUUUCUUAAAUGUUAUUGUCAGAUGUUGUCUUGGAUUAUUUUCCCCUUGGAACUUUUAUUGAUUGGUUUUGCCAGACGUUCAGUUUGACAAUAUCUUAAGGGUUUUUUUCUACUAUACUCACAAGAUAAUAGCAAGGUUUUAUCAAGUAAAUUUUUCCAAAAUAUGUUAAAGUCAAGCAGAUCUUUAGUUACCCUAUAGCAAGUAAAAGUGGUUCAAAUAAUUAAGAUUGGUUAGUCAGCUUUGAUUCCAUUAAGUGAAAAACAAUGGAAAUACCACAGCUGCAGUAUUGGCCAAUGUGCUUUAACAAGCUAAAGACAGCUUGAUGUAUGUAUGCAGCUGCGACAGACCAUUUAUUUUAGUAUAAUGAUAUGGUUCAGUCCUGCUGUCUGUGUUAAUCAUUUGUUUGUUUGUUUUUGUUUUAAUUUGUAGUUUUCUAGAUGUGGAAUAAAGUGAAAAAUAACAUUUUGUUUUAGUGUUAUGAAGUUCAGAUUACACUGACAAAUCACUGGAUGUUUUCAUUUCUUGUCUUGUUCAAGAAUCCAGUUUAAUUUGUUUUUGUGUUGUUUUCUUACUUGGAAGAAAGGUAUAUGGUGGUCACAAAAGGACAGCCAGGGUCAACAAUAGUCAGUGUGUCAUUACACCACCACCAGAUAUUACCUGAACUGCUGAUUUAAGGCAGGAUGUUGUUUUUGUCAAAUUCUGACCAUAUUGUCUUAAUUUGCAGGAGAAAGCGAGACUUAUUUGACCACCCAAUAUUUUUCCAGUCAUCCAUUGUCUGAUUUUGAUGAGCAUGUGUGAACUGUAGCCCCAGUUUCCUGUUCUGAGCUGGCAGGAGUGGCACCUGGUGGGUUUGCUGCUGUAGCCCAUCUGGUUCAAGGUUCCAUGUGUUUUGCAUUCAAAGAUGCUCUUCUACAUUCGUUAGUUGUAACGACUCAUUAUUUGACUAGAUAUUUUCUCAUUUUCUGACUAUUCUCUGUAAUCCCCAAAAAUGAUUAUGGAGGAUAAUCCCAAUAGAUCAGCAUUUACAACAGCACCAACAAUUACACCACCUUCAAAGUCACUUAAAUCACCUGCCUUCCCCAGUCUGGUGGUUGGUUUGAACUUCUGCAGGUCAUCAUUGCCAUGUGCACCUGAUUAAAUGGAAAAACAAUGUUCAGUUGCUGCCAUGUGACUGGCUGAUUACACGUGUUAAUUACACGCAUUAACACGCACUUGAACAGGUGUGCCUGGCAGUGAGUGAAAGAUGGUCAAAGUAAAUUUGGUUGUUCAUAAAACCCAUUUAGAGUGCACAACCUGUGACAGAAUAAUUAAUAAGUCCACUAAAAAUCACAAGUGGUGUCUGACAGUGAACUGAAAAGUUAUUUACGGUAAUCUAAGAGAAGGAUCAUAAUAUUUAGGAUCAAAACAAUUAACAAAACACAACCACGGCAGUCCUUUGUUGUUGAAAAACUCUUUAUUGGGCGUUCCAAGUGCAAAUUUAAUGACAAAAAGCAUGGGUAGAAAUCCCAUUUGAUAAAUUUAGGAAGGCAAAAACAAAACUACAAACGGAAAAGAAACAAGUAUUACACAUCAGGAUGCGAGACACCAUGUUGAGGAUCUGGGACAUUCUUUAAAUAUUUAACAGGCAGCCUCAUAUUUUGAAGUUAUACACAUAUUUCACCAGCAUGUAAAAAUACCAAAAACGGUUUGUUGAUAUUGGAAGCAUUAAGCUAACCACAAGUCAGUAAGAUGCUGCAGCUACCAGUUUUUUCCCCAACUUUGUAAAACAAUCAGAUGAAGGGAAAUAACGGGAUUAAAAAAAAAAUUUAAAAAUUCAAGUGAUACUCUACGUGUCAUGACAGGAGACUUGAAAUUCACAAAGUGUUCUCUCCUUAACAUUUGACCAAGGUUUAGCCAAAAAUAUUCUUGCCUCUGGAUUCUUUGGGCUGUCCCAAUCCUACCAGCCAACUUUUGGCAAAACUAUUUUCCCCACGUCAUCAGGGUGUGUCUCUGGGACCCAACCUGUGCAACACAGGUGAUGCAGGACAUUUACAUUUGCAUAGACACUCACCAUUUCUCCUGGUUCCACCUAAUAACACAACAAGCCAAAAGAAGAAUUAAUUCCCAUCCCUUAAGCUAUACAGCUAGGACUUAGAAUAAUGGCACCAGGUACCUACUGUGAACAUUUAGAAUGAACGUAAACACCGAGACGUAAACUCUUUCAAUAUUUUAUGAUCUAAUGUUUACCGAAACAGAAUCAAGGAAUACACUUAAAUAGCUGUGAACACAAUGGCAAUAAAAGGUUAAGUGAGUACAUUUUAAAAAAAAUGUCUGAUUUACUAAUAAAAACACUGUAUAGCCAAAUAAAUAAAAUAAAAAUAUAACUCAGUGCAAAUGACGACGUGAAGUAGAGACGAAGCAAAGCAAUGGAUUUGGCAAAUUAUAAUCCUAACUGAGUAAAACCAUUGGCAAUGAAAACAUACAGAUAAACUGGCAGCUUAAGCUCAAAGUCGUUUGUUUCUUCUGCUUG